GCGGGACGCACGUACCUCCCCACUCCGUGACGAACUCGAACAUCGUAAAAGUUAACGAACGACAUGAGGACGAAUUAUGUAAAAUACAAAUAGUGCGAUAAUUAUUUUCAAAUAUUUUUCUGUGUUUGUGAAGAUUUGUGUACAUUACUAUGGCGUUAGCGUGGUGUGUAUUUUUGUGCGCUUGCGCCGGUGUGCUAGGGUUUAAUGUGGACAUACCCUCAAGGGUGGUUUAUAAGGGUAAUCCGAAUUCUAUGUUUGGAUUUACGGUGCAGGCGCAUGUUGAUGGCGACCGGAAAAUGAUCUUAGUUGGUGCUCCAGAAGACCAGCUAUACUCUGCAUACGAGUACAACGUGACCCGACCUGGUGCAGUGUACCGGUGCGAGCCAGGGUACAGGAACUAUGCCGCUGAGGGCAAUGUCAGGACCCUGGACCGGUGUAGUCCUAUGCAGUUUGAUAAGAAUCCAAGAAACAAUGCGGAUCGUCAAGGUCGCCAGGUGGAUCAAAAAUCGAACCAAUGGUUUGGUGCGACGCUGACCAGUACUGGCAGGAAUGGUGCUAUCAUGGCCUGUGCUCCUCGCUACGUGUCCUAUGUGUCUGCGAAGCUCAACCAGAGAGACCCAGUGGGCACGUGCUUCGUUGCCAACAGUCCGGACAUGACUGACGUUAAGGAGUUCUCACCAUGCCGUACUUCAAGUCAUGGACAGCGCAAGACUGGCAUGUGCCAAGCCGGUUUCUCGGGAGCCAUAUCAAAGGACGGACAACGGCUAUUCAUGGGUGCACCAGGCAGUUUCUUCUGGCAAGGGCGAACGUUAUCAAUAGAACCGAAAGAAAAGUUCAUCUUCUAUAUGCCGAAAAUACCGGAAGAAGGUCAGCUGAUGUCUCAAUCUAUGGGAAGUCGUCCAGCACUGAUUGCCACUCCUGAAGCUAGUCCUAAGUACGAUGACUCUUACAUGGGUUACUCAAUUGCUGUUGGUGAUUUCGCUGGUCAGGGUAUUCAGAGUGUUGCUGUUGGUGUACCGAGAGGAGCUGGACUCAAAGGAUUGGUUGUUCUCUAUACUUGGGAGCUUCAAAACAUCAAGAACAUUAGUGGAUCGCAGAUCGGUGCUUACUUCGGCUACAGUAUUGCCUCUGGCGAUAUUGACGGCGAUGGUUUUGAUGACGUCAUUGUUGGUGCUCCAAUGUUCACCAGAACUAAGACUGAUGGAUUUGAACACGGAAGAAUUUAUGUGAUCUACCAGGAUAAAGACCGAUCUUUCACAAGGAGUCAUGCCAGGACCGGUGAGGUUUCCCGAGGCAGAUUCGGUUUGGCUGUCACGUCGCUCGGUGACAUCAACUACGACACUUUCGGAGACAUAGCAGUAGGUGCUCCUUACGGUGGUGAGAACGGCCGUGGUGUAGUCUACAUCUACCAUGGCAGUGCGAUGGGCAUCCAUGAGAAAUAUUCCCAAGCCAUCACUGCUGAGGAGAUCUCUCCCACCUUGACCACCUUCGGAUUCUCCCUCUCUGGAGGAGUGGAUCUGGAUAAUAACAACUACACGGAUUUGGCAGUUGGUGCCUACAAAUCUGAUAGCGUUGUGUUUUUGAAGUCUCGCCCAGUAGUGAAAGUGACUGCCGAAGUGAAGUUUUUAGUUGACAGCAAGUUGAUCUCGCUGACUGACAAGAAGUGUCCUCUCGCUAACGGCACCACGGUUGCGUGUGCGCAGGUUAUGUUCUGCCUCUCAUACGGAGGUGUUAAUGUGGAUCAGCAGAUUAAAUUUGAGGUGACCUUGGACCUAGACUCCCGGCAGAAGACCACGAAGAGGCUGUUCCUGGCGGAGACCAGGGAGACAACGUACAAGACCCAGAUACUGCUAACGCAGGGAGAACAUGAGUGCAAGGAUAUCCUCGUAUACUUAGAUGAUGAAAUCCGUGACAAACUGACUCCUAUCGAAGUGAAGAUGUCGUACGACCUGGUGAACCAACCCUCUGGUAACAUCGUGCCUCCAGUCCUGGACCAGACCCACAGCAUCAUGCACACAGACUCCCUCAACAUCCAGAAGAACUGCGGCGCUGAUAACAUUUGCAUUCCUGAUCUGAAGAUGGCUGCUACCACCCCUACAAUCAACUACGUCCUAGGGUCUGGUGAGAACCUCCACAUUGACGUCAAAGUGGAGAACUCUGGUGAAGAUGCAUUUGAAGCUGCCUACUACCUGAUGAUUCCUUCAGGAGUGACAUACGCCAAGAUGGAACGUCUGGACAAGGAUACGGAUACUCUGAUAUACUGCUCCAUCACCAACAGGUUCCCUGAUGGUAACACCACAUUGAAAUGUGACCUUGGAAACCCCAUGGCUAGUGGACAAAAGGUAAACUUCCGCCUGAUCUUGGAAGUGGACGCUCGCGUGACGACGCUGAGCUUUGACAUGGAAGCGAACUCCACCAACGUGGAGCAGGACACCAUGUACGACAACUCCAUGCACAUGAACAUCGGCGUCGUCGUCCGGGCACACCUCUCUAUCAUUGGAACUUCGGACGCACCUGAACUACACUACAACGCUUCGCAGUACGAAACACAAAACAUCAAGGACGACACUAAACUUGGACCUCAAUUAAUCCACAAAUACAACUUGAAGAACGAGGGACCAUUCACUGUUGAAGAAGCUGAGAUAUAUUUCAUGUGGCCUUACCAGACCCUUGAAGGCGAAAAUCUGAUGUACAUGUUGGUGCAACCUCAAUAUCUAGGAGAUGUCAAGUGCGACAUAGCGCGACACAUUAACGAUGCCAACUUGUUUGUGGAGAGACCUUACGAAUUCUUGCUGUCGAAGGAGAGAGAAGCUAUGAUGAGUAGCGAAUUCUACACCGCGUCGCAAACUUCAGGAGGUGGUGGAUAUUAUGGACAAGUGUACUGGGAUGAUCUUUCCAAUGGCGUCCAAUACAACUACCAAAGUAAUACUGGUAGUGUCAACUUAGGAGGCUCUGGUUAUGGUACUGGACAGUCCAGUCAUUCCAGUGGAAGCUCGAGCUCCAGCUCUACCCAUUUCAGUAGCAGCACCAGCAGCCAAAGUGGAGGGCAGUUUGUUAGCGGUCAGGCUGGCAGUGGACAAUUUAGUGGUAGUCAGAGUGGAAGUGGGCAAUUCUCUGGCACCCAGAGCGGCAAUGGGCAAUUCGUUGGCGGCCAUAGUGGAAAUGGACAAUUUGUUACCAGCCAAACUGUAAGCGGAAACCACGGUGCCAAUGGACAAUUUAGCGGUAACCAAGGAUCCUUUGCAAACCAAGGUGGCCAUUUCGGUGGUCAAAAUCAUGGCCAGCAAGGCACUUUCACAUACAACCAGACCUGGAGCUCUUUUGAGGACAGUGAAGACCUAACAGCUGAACAAAAAGAAGAGAUCAGGAAGAAACUAGCAGCUGCUCUCGCUUCCGGAGCAGGUCAAGCUAGCUGGAGCUCUCAAAAUGGGGCCUUUGGUGGUCUUGGACAAGGCUCCAUCGUGAAAGUCAAGAACAAGACGAUAAUAUAUGAUGCUAACCACAACAUUAUUUCGGAAAUUGAGACAAGUACUGAAUUUGCAAACCUUGGACACGAAGGAGAAGCUGGUAGCUCUUUCAAUGUAUACGCUAACCAGGGUGGUGUUAACCAAGCAGCUUCACAAGGGCAUGCUCAAGGUUCUUGGCAGACAAGUUCUCAAGGGUCAGGCACUUACUCGCAAGGAUCCGGCUAUAACCAAGGAUCAGGCUAUAGCCAGGGCGCUGGAGGGUACAAUCAAGGAUCUGCAACAUACAACCGAGGGUCUGGCACGUACAACCAAGGGUCUGGCACCUACAGUCAAGGAUCAGGAUCUUAUGGUUCUGCAGGAUCAAGAGGCUUCUCACAAGAUUCAAAUCAAGGUCAAGGAUUUGUCCAUGGAUCAUGGGCAACCACAGAAACUGUCAAUCCUGACAUCGCUAAUGCUGGUUCAGCUACCUUCAGAGGAUCCUCAAGCGUUACUGUUGUAGGAGAUGAAGAAGAAGACAAACUUGAAGGGUUCGGAGUUAAUGCUGCGUAUAAUCCUAAUAACGAGUUUAAGUAUGGUAUUGCUGACGUCAGUGGCAGUUCUGGUGGAAGCCAGAGAAGUUCAGCUGGUGCUGCACAAGGUGGAAGCUACCAUGCUGGAGGUGGCAGUUACCAGGCUGGAGGUGGCAGCUUCCAGGCUGGAGGUGGAGGCUUUCAAUCUGGAGGUGGCACCUACCAAUCUGGCGGUGGAAGCUACCAGAGUGGUGGUGGUACUUACCAAAGUGGAGGCGGAACUUAUCGCAGCGGUGGCAGUGGAUAUUCUUACUCUUCAUCAUCGUCUUCAGGUGGGCAUACGUCAUACAGCAGUCAUUCUGGUAAUGGCUUCAGCGCUUCUGAACGUCGUGAGAAUACCAGGAGACGGCGUCAGGAUCAAGUGGAUCCACAGCUGAAGCAAAUUCUGGAAAAAUGUGAGGAAAAGUACAAGUGCGAGGUACUGAGAUGUACUACUGGUCGCAUGAUGAAGGGGCAGGAGGCUUGGUUUGCGUUCAGGUCGAGGAUCAACGCAUCCGUGCUUAGUGAGAUUUCCAAGGACCGCGCAGUGAUCCUGUCGACAUUAGCUGCAGCGCGCGUUUCUCGGCUGCCCAUGGUGGGGCGGCCGACAGACCGAACCUGGCACACGGCAGAAGCCCAGACCCUCAUCACACCACGACUCGAGGCUCUGGACAGCGGCACCAUCCCACUUUGGGUCGUUAUACUCGCCGCCAUCAUCGGUGCACUCCUACUUCUACUGCUCAUCUUCGCACUCUACAAAUGCGGAUUCUUCAAAAGGAACCGUCCCUCGGACCACGCUGAGCGACAGCCCCUGAACGGGCGUGACGAACAUCUCUGAUAUCCGACCACUGAUCUGGGCGUCACCAGCGAUACAGCUGGGACGUCUGAAGCGGGCGCCACGUCCGACUCGCCCGACGACAGCUCGUCGACUGACGCUGCUAGUGACGUCACGAGUCGCGACUCCACCAGCUUCGAUAGGUACUGACAUCACAAAGUCAAUAUUAAUAAAUUUUAAAAGUGUUAGUUUCACUUUGAUGAGAGUCAUCGUUUUUGGCAUUUGUAGUAUAUUUAUGAAGAAGAAUCUUCAUGCACCACUCCCCACUAGCACCCCUAGUGUCCAAAUUCAAAUGCGAUAACCCUCAUUAAAAAAUUUACAUUGGUAGAAAUAAGUGCGAACAAAAUGUCCUUGAAAAUAGCACGGAGCUGUAUUUUUUGUAUUUAUUUUUUGACGUGAAUAUGAAAAUUACAUUUCGUUCCAAACAGUAGUAGGUCCGAUGUGAUUGUAAAAUAGUUUAGACAUAUUAUUUUUAUGAUACAAUAGUUUUACCUCAUGACAAAACGAAUUUUCCCAAGCUUUUCAUGUCUUUAGUACAAAGAAAAUGAAAGGUUCAACAAAACAAUAUUUUCCUCUAUUCUAAUAUAAUAAAACCUAGUCACGAAUAAAAAAAUUUUCGGACGCCAUACUAGAA